GUGGAAUAGGAGCUGCAGCUUGCUUUCGUCCAAUCAUCACCUCCCUCGAUGGCAUCUGAAUCUCCCAACGGGCUGAUAUGCUUUACAAACUGUCUGUUGCCCCAGGAGGACGGCAGUCUUGUUCAAAAAGAUCUUUGGAUUGACGAGCGGCGCGGAGUCAUUUUAGACGCUCAGCGCACAUUUUUCUUGAGGAAAGAGAGACCUGAUAAGAUCAUCGAUCUAGGUGGAAAUAUCCUCAGCCCAGGGUUCAUAGAUAUCCAAAUCAAUGGAGGCUAUGGUUUCGACUUCUCAGUCUACGACGGCGAUGAUCAAAUAUAUAGAGAUGGGAUGAAGUUGGUUGCAGAGAAAAUCAUUGAAACAGGAGUUACUGCCCUAGUACCAACUAUCAUCACACAAGAGAAGUCUCUCUAUCCCAAGCUGCUACACCUUUUACGUCCUUAUUCAGCACCAAACUCGGCUCAUCUUUUGGGCUGGCAUGCAGAAGGACCAUUCCUCGACCUUGCCAAACGUGGAGCGCACGCUCCUCCUUUCCUCCUGCCUGCAACCCAAGGCUUCAAAUCAUUUGAGGACAUAUAUGGUUUACCCAACCUUGCGGAUGCCGAAGAUUGGCUCAUGGCUGGUUCUGUGGACGAGCAAUCUGUCGGUGUUCGUAUCGUGACUGCUGCCCCAGAGAUCGAAGGCGUUAUGCAUGCUGUAGGAGAGUUAAGCAAGAGAGGUGUUGUGUUCUCCAUCGGUCACAGUAUUGCAACCACCGACGUCGCAACUAUGGCAGUUCAAAAUGGUGCUCGUCUCAUCACACAUCUCUUCAAUGCCAUGCCUCAGUUGCAUCAUCGUGAUCCAUCUAUCAUUGGCCUUUUGGGUGCUUCCCCACACUUAUCAUCUCCCCUUUACUCUGCCUUUUCGCCUUUCCCUACUUCCACAGUCAACGCCUUGAGAGCUACCAUACAUGCUGCUUCCGUAACCAGAAAAGUGAGCUCUCCCGGUAUCGUACCACACACGUCCGAGGCCUUCGAUGAUACCGAGACGCCUCCACAAUCACCAAUGUUGCUCGCCACUCAGUCCAUCUCUCAGUCGCGUUUGCACACACAGACUCGUCCUCACUUGCAGUCCCUUUCACUCGCGAGUAGUGGAUCAAUUUCUCCGCUUCCUCUUAACUCAGAAAGCAGGCAGCUUAGUCGCGGGGAGUUACACCUCGAUAAAGGAUUCGUCGCCGAUCUCGCCUUUGAAAGGCCGUUCUAUGAGAUGAUUGUGGAUGGCAUUCAUUCACAUCCCAACUCGGUCCGGCUGGCGUAUUCCGCCUAUCCCGAGGGUUGUAUUUUGAUCACGGAUGCCAUGAAAAUACUUGAUCCCAACCUGCGUGAUGGUAUACACGAAUGGCGAGAUGGACAGCGGUUUGUGAAGGAGGGCGAUAAGCUCUACUUAGAGGGCACGACCACCCUCGCUGGAAGUGUUGUCACUCUUGACAAAUGUGUGCGCAACUUUUCGCGUUUCACCGGAUGUUCCCUGGGCGAGGCUAUCAAGUGCGCGACGUUCAAUCCGGCAAAAUGUCUUAAAAUUGAGAACAAGAAAGGGACCUUGCGCGCUGGUGCUGACGCUGACCUGGUUGUCCUUGACAGGGGAGGCAAUGUGAUGAGCACUUGGAUCAAAGGCAAGGUCGCCUGGUCGAGAAAGGCAUAAACGAUAUAUCUGUUGGGGUAGAGCCUAUCAUGAUCGUGGUCAAAUGAUUUUUAUGUUUUCAAGGGUUUAUAUAGUUUAUAGGAUAUCUAUGACUGUGGCUAUUUAUGAAGAAGCAGGCAUAAAUAUAUGCCCACCAGUUCGUUGUUGAAAAUGUCAUAUUAGCUAUUGCUGG